UUUAAGGUGCCUGGCCGGCAUCACAUUCUAAAGAUGGCUCUGCAUAGCAUUCCGGAAGUUGGUUUGAGCUCUGGUAAUGGGAGAAAAAUGCCAAUUUUUGGAUUAGGCACUGGAACUUAUCCGUUUCUAGGGCCAGAAGUAGUCGUAAAAGCAGUGCUUGAAGCAAUUGAGCUCGGGUAUAGGAUGUUUGAUACGGCUUCUGUUUACCAAACGGAGGAAGCUCUUGGUGAUGCCAUAUCUCAAGCUCUAUCUCUGGGCUUAAUAAAGUCUCGAGGUGAGGUCUUUAUCACCUCUAAGCUGUGGUGCACUGAUAAUCAUGGCGAACAUGUCCUCCCUGCACUCCAGAAGACUCUACAAAAUAUGAAGUUAGGGUAUCUUGAUCAGUAUCUUAUACAUAUGCCAGUAACCUUGAAGCAUGGGGCAGCCAAUUUUCCACCAAGCCCGGAAGAUUUUGUCCCCAUGGACAUCAAAUCUGUUUGGAUAGCUAUGGAAGAGUGUAAAACACUUGGUCUAACUAAAUCCAUCGGGGUCAGCAAUUUCUCUUGCAAGAAGCUUGCUGACAUUUUGGCUUUCGCUAAGAUACCUCCCGCAGUAAAUCAAGUGGAGAUGAACCCCACAUGGCAACAAGGGAAGCUAAAGGAGUUCUGCAAGGCAAAUGGAAUCAUGAUUGCCGCUUACUCUCCUCUUGGAGCAGCAGGAGCCAUUUGGGGAUCCAAACGAGUGAUGGAAUCUGAAGUCCUUGAGGAAAUUGCCAGGUCUAAAGGAAAGUCUGUAGCUCAGAUAGCUUUGAGAUGGGUUUAUGAGCAAGGGGUUGUCGUAGUGGCUAAGAGCUUCAACAAAGAGAGACUAAAGCAGAAUCUUGAGAUUUUUGACUGGGAAUUGAGCAACGAAGAGUUAAAGAAGAUUGCAAGCAUCCCGCAGAGCAGGGCAAAUCUUGGACAGAUGUUCAUCUCUGAAACUGGUCCUAUUAAGUCCGCUGAGGAGCUGUGGGAUGGAGAACUUUGAGGUCAACAUUGCAAGAAUACAAUGGUAUAUGUCAGUAUCAGAGCAAGUACCUAAUAAAUAUUAUGUUUACAUGGUCAUUUGGGUAUUAUCAAGCUUAAUUCAUCCAAGGCCUAGGGAUGUAAGAAGCAGCAUAGAAAGUACACAAUCUCAUUCAUUUUUCCGUUCAAGAGUGA